UCGAGCCAACAUCAUGGGUGGCGUGUUGAAUUAGAAUGCCUCCCCACACCAUGGAACACAGUGUUCCCCUUCCAUUUAGCUUCGUCAAUCCCCACUCACCGUCUCUCGACUUAAAUAGAGUGGGGGGGAGGCACACAGCACAGGACAGGUUAUUUCGUAGUUUGCUACUUCAACACCACGCGCCGCUAACUUCGAUCCGAGCAAAGAACUGCGAAGGUCUCGGCGCGGUCGCCACUACUUUCCUGGAUAUUGCCGAGUACGCGUCGUUCUAUUGUGCACGAAAAAAGUUGGAUUUUCUUUUACGUAGUUUAUGUUCUUUUGGUGAUCAAGUGUAUUUAAUCUGGUGUUGUGUGAUCUGCCUUAAAGUGUUUUACCAAAUGGUUGUGCUCGAGGAGGGCGGCAUGUUGACCACUGGACAUAAUCAGUAUCUCCAGCCGGAUUAUCUUUCUCCGCUUCCAACCACGUUGGAUGCGAAGAAGAGUCCACUAGCCCUACUGGCACAGACGUGCAGUCAAAUCGGAGCAGAUUCACCAACGAAACCGCUCAUCUCUCCAUUGGACAAGCAGUCGAAGGGUUCGGCAGCAGCAUCAAAUGCAAGAUCCCCGCCGGCGGCCAAGUUGGAGCGUACAAGAUGCAGUCCGACGGACUCCAAGACGCUGGCAUUUAAACCCUAUGAAACAAACGUAGUGUCUAAAAAAUCCGAUGAUGGAAGACCUGCCUCAAAGGCGAGUGUGCACAGUGUCAGUGGUCAGGAUAGUGUCAGUGUGUGUGAUAUGAGUAAUUCGGAGAAAAAAUCCUCUGGUAGUCGAACACCAGUGGGGAGAAAGUCAACUUCCCCCUUAAGUCCUCCGAAUUCGACAAAUAAUUCUAGUAAUAGUGAUCGAAAAACACCCGCUGAUCGUGAAAAAGUGAGUGAUUCGCCCCGAAACAAUGGUGCAAGUCCGAUAAUCCGAUCAGGAAUGGAGAUCCUCUCGGGACAUGCGAAAGACCUCGGUGCUUAUAAGUCAGUAUCGGGACUUCCCAGUUUCGGUGGUAAUCCUCUUUGUUGUCCUCCUGGUCUCGCCGAAAAUCCCGCAUUCAGGCCACCUUUUGCCGGAGCAUCGCCAUUCUCGCAUCAUCACGCCGCGACUGCAGCUCUCUUAGCCUAUCCACCAACAUCAUCGGCUGCUGGUAACAAUCCUUAUUUGAGUUAUGCACGUGUGAAGACACCAGCUGGUGGCGAAGCUCUAGUUCCAGUGUGCAAGGAUCCUUACUGUACUGGUUGUCAGUACAGCAUGCACAAUGCCCAAAUGAUGAUGGGCGCCGGUUCCUGUCCCAGUGGUUGCACCCAAUGUGAUCAUCAAAAAUACGGCCUGGCCAUGGCCCUAUCGUCACUGGGACAAAUGCCACCACCCUCUCUCAGUUAUCCAUCAACCCUAGCCGGUGGACGACCCCACGUCUGCAGUUGGAUUGCCGGUGAUUCAUAUUGUGGAAAACGGUUUAACACUUCUGAGGAACUACUUCAACAUCUUAGGAGUCACACGAGUUUGGCCGGUGGUGAACAUGCGGCGGCUGCAUCAGCUGCUCUCUUAGGUUCACCACAUCCUCAUCCAUUACUGUCACCGUCGGCGGCACUUCAUCGUGCAGCCGGUGGUUCAUAUCCUGCACCUUCACUCAGUCCACUUAGUGGACGAUAUCAUCCUUAUGGAAAACCAAUGACUGGACCACUUCCUGCAUCACUUGCGGCAUCACCAUACAGUGCAUUCAAUGCACUCGGACCCUAUUAUUCACCCUAUGCAAUUUAUGGUCAACGAAUUGGCGCCGCCGUUCAUCCAUAAGUUUCUUCCGACGGAACAAAACAAAAAGGGACCAAGUCCCGUUUAAACAGACUGUCUUUACUUGUAAAUAAAAAACGCCCUGGGCGUGUAUUUGUAAUAUAGGAAUCUAUUUAAAUGAGAAGAUCUAUAUAAAUGAAAAAAAUAAUUAUUACUAUAUGCGAAUUGAAAGUGUGUAUCGACGUUAAUGUCGCGAGUUGCAAAAGUGUAUUUCUCUAAUUAUAUAAGACGUUUAUCUUACGUGUCAAUUUUUCAUUUCUUAAAAUUGUGUUUCUCCGAAUUGUAAAAAAGAAAUUUUUUCUUUGCAAAAGGAAAUUUUUGGUGUUUUGUUUUCUUAUCCCAGUGAACGAUCGACUCGAUGAUUUUCAGAAACUGUCCAUACUGUAACUGUGAUAUUGUAUUAUUUUUUCAAAAAAUAAGAAAAGAAAGGAAAGUCUUUGUUUCGCGAUUAAUUGAGUCGAUUGCAAAUAUUUCGAUCACAAUUCACAGUAAAAUAAAAUUUUUGUCAAAUGAUUUAAGUGCUAAAAAUGCAACAGUGCGCAUAUAGCGUUACGAUAUGUCAUUUCAUCUUGUAAAUAAGAAUUGUAAAUAAUAUCGUUGAGUUUCCAUACUGCUUUAAUAAACAUGUUUGUAGAAUCAUAA